CCCAUCCAAUGUGGUCUCAUACGUCAACUGCUGUCUCCGCCGCCACCCGUCCCAUCUCAUUCUCCAUCGUUUCUGGUACAUUUUUUCUUAAAGCAACAAAACUAGCAAGUACCCUCGUUAAAAUACUCUCGUGUCCCGGGGGCGUCAAUCUACAAACGUCAUUCGAAAACCCCGUCAACGUGACAUCCGAUCCCAACCUACCCCGCUCCGCCUCAGACUCCUCUUACGGUUCCCGAGUAUUUGAUCAGACAACAUCGUCUCACAAGCAAUCAUGAACGAUGCAGAGGGUCUCGCCAUUGCUAUCGAGGAGGCCAGGACUGGUGCCUCCGAGGGCGGUGUCCCGAUCGGAGCCGCCCUCGUCUCCGCAGACGGUAAGCUCCUCGGGCGCGGUCACAACCGCCGCGUGCAGAUAGGCUCUGCUAUCCACCAUGGCGAAACCGACGCCCUCUUCAACUCCGGUCGCUUGCCCGGCAAGGCCUACAAGGGCAGCACAAUGUACACGACCUUAUCCCCUUGCGACAUGUGUACCGGCGCUUGUCUCCUGUACGGCAUCUCUCGCGUCGUCAUCGGCGAGAACAGGACCUUCCUCGGUGGCGAGGCGUACCUCAAGCAGCGUGGCGUCGAGGUUGUUGUCGUCGACAGCGCCGAGUGCAAGGCCCUCAUGGACGACUUCAUCGCCGAGAAGCCCGAAGUCUGGAACGAAGACAUUGGUGAGGAAUAGAUGAGAUAUAGGCGGCGAGGGAGUUAUGGGAAGACGAACUGCAAGAGAGCGUUUGAAAGAGAACGGCUGCAUGCGCGUGAAUGCCAGUAACAUGCGUGGGCAUCUAUUCAACAACAGAUCUUCUUACAAACGUGUCUUACGAGACGGAUCUAUCCCAGCCCAGCCCCUUAGGGCACUCUUUUCCUUGUGGCAACCCGCCAGUUUAACCGCUGAGUGUCGGGCGACACACGAGUUUCCUCCGCUUCAAUGGGACGAUUAUUCUAUACGAGCAAGACAUAGUUUCCGCACUCCAGCUCUGAUCCCAAACGCCCCACAGAAAGGCAUCGUUGAACCUCCAGCCCUCAAAACCCCAC